CCCUCCCCACCUCUUUCACCGCAGCAUGGCUGGGCGGUUCAACCGCCAGCUCCCUUCUCCCGACCUCUCCAAUCCCGGUUCCACCAUCCCUCCCCUGCAUCAACCCAUCCCCCCCCUGCAUCAACCCAUCCCUCCCCUGCAUCAACCCAUCCCUCCCCUGCAUCAACCCAUCCCUCCCCUGCAUCAACCCAUCCCUCCCCUGCAUCAACCCAUCCCUCCCCUGCAUCAACCCAUCCCUCCCCUGCAUCAACCCAUCCCUCCCCUGCAUCAACCCAUCCCUCCCCUGCAUCAACCCAUCCCUCCCCUGCAUCAACCCAUCCCUUCCCUGCAUCAACCCAUCCCUCCCCUGCAUCAACCCAUCCCUCCCCUGCAUCAACCCAUCCCUUCCCUCCAUCAACCCAUCCCUCCCCUGCAUCAACCCAUCCCUCCCCUGCAUCAACCCAUCCCUCCCCUGCAUCAACCCAUCCCUCCCACCAACCCACACCUUUGCAGCUCUCCCGCCCAUCAGGGCAGGGCGCUACAGCAUGAACAUCCCCCCGCCUUACCUCGCUAUCCCCUCUCUCUCUGCCCUUCCUUGUCUGCGCAUGUUCGUUGCUUCCCCUGCCCUUUAUCAACCCCCCACUCCCCUCACUCCCGUUCUUCCUUCCACUUCUCCCGCCCACUCCUGUUCAUGCCGGGGUGCUACGGAGUGCACCUCGCCCUGUGAAUCAAGACGUGCAUGGCAGCGCAUGGGGCGCGGCCCAUCCAUCCCAUAA